AUGUCGGACCGUCUAACGCAGCUUCAAGAUUUGGUCAAUGAUAUGGCGUCAUACAUGACAAACGCCAUUGGAGUGUUGCAAGCAUCUGCACCUCCUUGUGAGUUUAACCACAUUUCCAAGGUAUAUGGGUCGAGGUUGAUUAGAAAAAAUUUUUUUUUCAGGAGUUAGAAGAAGAAACUAAUUGUGAUCUGUUCGCUUCGUACAUUGCAAGAGCUGCUAAAGAUAUUGAGGUGCGUUUGGAACCUAAAGUUGUCGCUAAUUUCCAAUAUAUUUUUCUUUAGUUGUUCUUCUGAUGGAAUAAAAUUUUCCUUAAUCGGAAAAACUAAAAAAUAUAAAUUUAGUCGAAUGUUUUAUAAUGAAACUUUGAUUUUCUGAAAAGAAAUUUUUGAAAAAGGCUUUUAUUUUCAAGACGCUCGUCGACUCUUUCCCGGUAGAAGAAAUGAAUCCGGACGAAGCUGACGAAGAGAUGAGAAACGAAGACGUUUCCAGAAUCAAGGUUAUUGCGCAGGUCUCUGAAUAACGUGCUCAUUUGUUUAGGUGGUAGAGGAGCUUGAGAAGACAUCCCACGAGGCUGCAAUUUUGAUAAAGAAUGUCCAGGAAAAAAUUACGCAAAUUGCAAGGACGCAGAUUAAUUCUCGUCCAAUCGCCUAA